UGGGGCGAAUCAGGAGUUUCGCUGUGAAUAUUCAAAGCCACCAGCCGUCCGUGAAGCUCUUAAUGUGCUCGUCUCGGGUAGUUUACGAUUUUUGUAUCGAUCAGCCUCUCUAUGUAAAUAAGCAUCCGGAGCAAAAGUGUUAAUGUGUGACUGUCUUGAGGGACACUGCAGCACGCACUUCAGUGUGUUACAUGAUUGUAGGUGCUGAAACCAAACCUGCUGCGUACAUCUCCACCGAGAGACACACUGUGUUGUGUCAUAUGGAGAAAACCAGAGGAGCUUUGCCAGGGACAGGUAUCCAGUAUCAAUCGUAGCCACGUUUGAAGGAUCCAUUGAAGACAACCCUGAUCAAAUGCAGCUUCUGUAGUUUUGUAUGAAUGUGAGAGGAUGCAUAAGAGUGUCGAAGGGUCUGAUCAAAGCGUGCACUGACCCGAGUCACCAGUCAACAUCAGGUAUCCAUGAGGACAGAGCAGGAAGGAGAUGGAAGCGGUCGAUCAUAUGCGGUAAACGUUACACACUAUGGGUGUGGUGGAUUUCUGCAUAGAGAAUAAACCCUCGUGCUUGCGUUUGGCCUCUCAGUCCUGUCCCACUGUGUUCUGCCGUUCAAGCAUGGGGCACAUUGUGGAUUUACCUUUGCGAAGGAUGUGGCUCUUCACUGCUCUGCUGGUUCUCUCCCAGUUCAUGAGCAGCCUGGGCAUCCACAUGGAUUCGGUGGGCAGUCACAGCAUGUUCACCUGCGAGUCGAUCGGCCUCCGAAUGUGCCAGGAUCUUCCCUACAACACCACCUUCAUGCCCAACCUCCUCAACCACUACGACCAGCAGACGGCCGCUCUGGCGAUGGAGCCCUUCCACCCCAUGGUGAACCUGCAGUGUUCUCCAGACCUCCGGCCGUUCCUGUGUGCCCUGUAUGCCCCCGUGUGUAUGGAGUAUGGACGCGUGUCUCUGCCGUGCCGGAGCCUGUGCACACAUGCUAAGAGAGACUGCCAGAAGCUCAUGGACAUGUUUGGAGUCACCUGGCCGGAGGAGACGGAGUGCAGCAGGUUCCCGGACUGUGAGGAGUCUUACCCUCGUGAUGUAGAUCUGCUCGUGAACGAGGACCCCACUGACCAGUCGUCCGUGUCUGUUCAGCGUGACUAUGGCUUCUGGUGUCCUCGCGAGCUCAAAGUGGAGCCUGAGCUCGGCUACAUGUUUCUCGGUGUGCGCGACUGCUCCCCUCCCUGUCCCAACAUGUACUUCCGGCGCGAGGAGCUCACCUUCGCCCGCUACUUCAUUGGCGUCGUCUCCAUCGUCUGCCUCUCGGCCACGCUCUUCACCUUCCUCACCUUCCUCAUCGACGUCACACGCUUCCGCUACCCGGAGCGGCCCAUCAUCUUCUACGCCGUCUGCUACAUGAUGGUGUCACUGGUGUUUUUCUUGGGCUUUCUGCUGGAGGAUCGCGUAGCGUGUAACGCAGCCAAUCCCAGCCACUUCAAAACGUCCACGGUGACUCAAGGCUCGCAUAACAAGGCUUGCACGCUGCUUUUUAUGGUGCUGUACUUCUUUACCAUGGCCGGAAGCGUUUGGUGGGUCAUUCUUACCAUCACCUGGUUUUUAGCCGCUGUUCCCAAAUGGGGCAGUGAAGCCAUUGAGAAGAAAGCGUUGCUCUUCCAUGCCAGCGCUUGGGGGAUACCUGGCAUGCUAACCAUAGCCCUGCUGGCUCUGAAUAAGAUCGAGGGUGAUAACAUCAGCGGUGUGUGUUUCGUGGGCUUGUACGACGUUCACACUCUCCGCUGGUUCGUGCUGGCGCCGCUCUGUCUGGACGUCCUGGUAGGAGUGUCGCUGCUGCUGGCCGGGAUUGUAGCGCUCAACAGAGUCCGAAUGGAGAUUCCCCUGGAGAAGGAGAAUCAGGACAAGCUGGUGAAGUUCAUGAUCCGGAUCGGUGUGUUUUCGGUGCUGUAUCUGGUGCCGCUGCUGACCAUGGUGGGCUGUUACCUGUAUGAACAGACGUACCGCUCCGUUUGGGAGAUCACAUGGGUGCAGGAGCGCUGCAGAGACUACCACAUACCCUGCCCUUUCCAGGUGGAGCAGACCAGCAGGCCUGACCUCGUCCUGUUCCUCAUGAAGUACCUGAUGGUGCUGGUGGUUGGGAUCCCGUCGGUGUUCUGGGUGGCCAGUAAGAAGACCUGCUUCGAGUGGGCCAGCUUCUUCCACGGCCGCAGACGCAAAGACAGCGGUGCGGUGAACGAGAGCCGGCAGGUUCUGCAGGAGCCAGACUUUGUUCAGUCUCUGCUGCGAGACCCGAACACUCCCAUCAUCCGUAAAUCCCGCGGGACGUCCACUCAGGGCACGUCCACCCACGCCUCCUCCACACACCUGGCCAUGCUGGACGACGUGCGGAGCAAAGCCAGCAGCGUCCACAGCAAGAUGAGCAGCUAUCACAGCAGAGACGACAGGUUCACCCCCUCCAGCCACAGAGGCAUGGAGGAACGCCCGGCGCACGGGAGCAUGCCACGACUCAACGAGCAGCUGUCCCAUCACAGCAGCCUUCACCGCCUCAACAGUCAGUCCAGACACGGCAGCGCCCGAGACCUGAGCGACACGCCGGCCGCUAACAUCACGCACGGAUCCAGUAUGGACUGUGUGGUGGAGGACGACGGGACAAGUGCGUAACCCAGAGACUACCCUCCUCAUACUGAAACGAGUUCCUGUCCUGUAGCUGCUAAUGGACAGACAGCAGCAGGGGAAUCAGAAACUCGAUGCUUGUGUGUUGACAGAGCCGUCCUCAGGAUCUCUCCCAUUAGUGGCCUGUAGCUCAAAUGGUAGAGCAUUGCAUUAUCAAGCGCAAGGUUCGGGGUUAGAUUCCCCGGGAAUGCAUGAUAGGUAAAAAUUGAUAGCCUGAAUGCACUGUAAAUCGCUUUGGAUAAAAGCAUCUGCUAAAUGCAUAAAAUUAAAUUUAAAAUUUGUGGCGCAUCAGAGUAACGAGAUGCUUUCUUUGAUUCGGUGAAGUUCUGCAGGAUGAAGUUUACUGCAUGCGUUAAAGCAGCUGUCCGAUGGGAGAUUUUCCCCAUUACUUCCAUCACACAACCCAGUUUAAAGAGUUAAUAGAUCACUGACACAAGACUGAUGACUGUCCUAUUAGAGAUCAGGUUUCAAAACCUGUAAAGCCGAAGGAGGGUUCAAAGAGAGGGAGGAUCAGCGGUUCUCUGCCUCUGGUAAGCUGUAUUUGGUUUCUGGUGGUAGUUUGGAUGAGAAGGCAUGGAUGAAUGAUGUACCAGAGUCCUCACCAACACCUGAUGUGCUUUUGUUCGGCCGCUUGAUGGCUGCCUACCUCAUCACAUCGGAUCGCUCUGACCUGCAGUUCCUUCCCACACUCGUGUCGCAGUACACAAUUAAAAUGGGUUGCAAAUGUUGACUUUCAGAACAUCUUACACAUCGAUGCUUUUCCGCCCAUGUGUACAGAAGUCUUAUGCUUUGUAAAUGGUGCUUCUUAUGUUGCUUGAUGAUAUUUCUAUAUGCACUCUACUGUGGCCAAAGCUCAUGCACAAACACCUAGCAUGCAGAAUUUUCACGAUGAUCGUUCUCUGUUUUACGACCUGCUUGAGUUGAGUGUAUUUGUUUACGUGUUGGAUAAGAUUGGUACUCAGUGCCUCACCAUGUGACUUUGGACCUGGGCUUUGUAAAAGCUGUUUUUCUGAUCGCUAUUAUUGCUUCUGCUGUAUCAAGUACACUUGAUUUUCAUGCUCGAUUCUUCUGUCCACUUUAUUAAGGAGGAACGAUGUAGCACUUUAACCGUUGCUAUCUGUUGAAUGUGUAGACAUUAUAUCCAGUCAUAGAUUUCAAAUAAAGCUUUUGUAAAAAAGUG